UGGGCCAUUGUGUGUGUGUGUGUCAGGGUGUAGUGAGUGAGAAGCAUUGUGCUUACUCACUGUCUAACCAGCACAUGACCUUCAUACUCUUCGAGGGCCGGAUGACGUCUCCGCUUCCUAAUCUGUCUCCCGCCCCCGAGGCUUUAUAGGCUGCAGUAAGCUCAGCUAAAACAGAUCUCUGCUUACACUGACAGACGUCACAUCGGUCUCAACACUUUCAUCUUCAGCUCCUGAUAACGCAGUGAUUAGAACAUAAAGUGGACAUAGAGAUGGAAACAAUGAGUUAUCCAAUGGGUGGAGGUGCCACCAGGCUGUACAGCACCUUGGCUCACACCCUUAGCAGUAGCGGUGGCAGCAGUCAUCGUGUUCCCCUCCCUCUGGCUCACUUGGAACGCUACCAGCCAGCAGACACAAACCUGGAUCCUGAUUUGUGCCAGGGGCAAAAGGGCUCCUCAUUGAGUCCCCUCGAUCCGGCUGAGGUUCUGCGGCAGUGCAAGGAGGCCCUCAGUGACCGUCCGCCGCGCUUCCGCAGGACAUUCAUUCAGCCCUCCGACAGCAACGCCGGCACCAUUCGCGUGAUGCAGUGGAACAUUCUGGCCCAAGCUCUGGGCGAAGGACUCGACAGUUUUGUGCAGUGUCCUCCGGAGGCUCUCAACUGGUCCCGAAGGAAGUACCUCAUCUUAGACGAGAUCCUCACCUACCGACCUCACGUCCUGUGCCUGCAGGAAGUGGACCACUACUUCGACACCCUGCAGCCGGUUCUGGUCCGUUUGGGUUACAGCAGCCGAUUCUGCCCUAAACCCUGGUCGCCGUGUCUGGAUGUGGAGGGCAACAAUGGCCCCGACGGCUGCGCGCUCUUCUUUGAUGAGUCACGUUUUGAGCUUUUGGAUUGCGUCAGCUUACAGCUCUCUGCAAUGACGAUACCAACAAAUCAGGUUGCCCUGGUGAUGAUCCUACGUUGUCGAAUCACAAUGAGGCAUGUGUGUGUAGCCGUGACCCACCUGAAGGCCCGGUCCGGCUGGGAAUGGCUCCGCAGUGCCCAGGGGUCGGAUCUUCUUCGUCAAAUCCAAAAUGUGGUCCAGACACACACGGUCAGAACAUCAGCUGGCUCAAGUGUCCCGAUCCCUCUGAUCAUCUGCGGUGAUUUCAACGCGAUCCCGACAGAGGAGGUGUACUGUCGUUUUGUCACAUCUCCUCUGGGUUUGGACUCGGCUUACAAAAAACUCAGCCAAGAUUGUUCGACGGAACCUGAGUUCACGACGUGGAAGAUUCGCCCUACGGGGGAAUGCUGUACCACUCUGGACUACAUUUGGUACAGUCAGGACACGCUGAGGGUGGACGCCGUCUUGGACAUGCCGUCGGAGGAAGAGAUCGGUCCGAAUAGGCUCCCGUCUUUCAGCUAUCCUUCAGACCACCUCUCGCUGGUUUGUGACUUCAGCUUUAAGGAGGAUGAGUGACAGAGAAAGAUGCAUUGUAAGACAAAGUAGUUGGACUGUGAACCUGUGAAAAAACGAGGAAAGAAACCAAAUGUCAGGAAUGAACUGAACAUUGUCUACUUCCUAAACUUGAACACAGUGUUAAGAUGUUUCCUACAGUCGGUAGGUGGUAGGAAUACAUUUGAAGAGGGAGGGGAGGACCAUCCCAGUUCAAAGGGUUGGAUGUCUAUCGACAUCAAUGCCAGUCAAGGUGUUAACAUCAAGUCUGCUCAGAUGGACAAACGUGUGCAAUCCAUGAUAUGUAAUCCUGACAAAAUUUGACUGAAAAAGUAACAUGCUGCUAAUUUUUUUUUUUUUUAAUCUCUAAAGUGUAUUAUAAAAUACUGUAUUUUUUUGUACCGUUGUUUCCUUUAUUACUUGCAGCAAGUCCAUUUACUGUUCCAAUGAUAUCAGAUCCUCCUAAUUUAGAGGAAACGUAUAUGCUUAUAUGACAUAAAGACAUAACUGUUAAUGUUGCAUAAAAACAAAAAUAAAAUGUCAAAAAUG